AUGGUUCAUACUGUAUCAUCUGAAACCGAUUUUGGUAACAAAAUCCCUAAACCAGAAAUUCAAUGUAUUCCUUUUCUGCAACAUACUGAAACCAAACCAGAUAUCAAAAUCCCCAAAUCUGAAAUGCCCGGUUUUGAUUUCUCUACUGAUACCAAGCCGGAUGUCAAAAUCCCCAACUCUAAAAUGGCUGCUACCAAGCCGGAUAUCAAAAUCCCCAAAUCUGAAAUGGCGUUUGAUGAUUUCAAGCCGGAUAUUAAACCGCCGAAACCUGAAGUUGAUGUGAAGCCUGAGUCGGUGGAGAAUAGUUUACCUGCGGAAAAUCCUGACGAGGAGGAGUGGGUGACUGUUUAUGGCUUCACCUAUGGGGAUAAAGAGUCUGUGUUGCAAGAAUUCGGGAAAUGUGGUAUUGUAUUGGAUUAUGAUCAAUCGGAACAGGCUCUAAAUGGACGAAAGCAGAGCGUUUAUGGUUCAGAAGACCGAAUAAGGAAAUCCCUCCAUGGGGCUAUCAGUCUCCUCCACCGAUCCGAAGGCGAAUAUUUCGUUUUAGCAGAAACAGGUAACGUGUACAGUGUCACAUUAUCCACAACCCCGGCUUGCAGGUGCAACUGCCAUGACAGUACAGUCCCAUGUAAACACAUAUUUUUUGUGUUUCUUCGUGUUCUUGGGAUAUCUCAAAAUGAUUGUCGCAUUUGGAGAAAGGGCCUUAAGCCAUGUCAACUCACAGAGCUACCCAACAUUCCCACAUCAGCUGAGGCAUUAGCUGGUUCCCGUGCACGUGAAGAAUUUCAUCGCCUAUAUUCAAUGUCAGAGGUGAAUGUUGGUCCUCCACCAAGUAUCAAGGAUGAGAAUGUAAUUGAUGUCCAAUGUCCCGUUUGUCAUCAGGAAAUGCACUUUGCAGCUGAAGCAGUAGAAUGCGGAUCCUGUGGGGAUGUAGGACAUAAGAGGUGCCUGUCAGUUUGGAGGAAGAGGGUAGCAGGGAGGGUACAUGUAUGCGCUAGUUGUAGACAAGAGUGGGUUAGUGCGGAGCAGAAUUGGUAUACAAACCUGGCGGACUACAUGGAUUAAGAGGAGAUCCAAGAAUUGGUACAGAAACUUGCGAACUACUUGGAUUAGGCCGAGAUCGGUAUUGGUGAUUAAUCACAGUUGCUGCUAGAGAUGUGGAUUUGUAUAUUUUGUUUCACGGUAGUGGUCUGCUUUUGCUUUUUGCAUAUUAUUGGGUAUUGGUUUACACAUUUAACUAGAAACCUUGCUUUAGACGCAUGUAUCCUAACUUUCCUAAGACGUUUUAAAGCCAUAAUCACUGAUAGGAUAAUGUUU